AUGCCCCAAAACGGUGGAGGUUUGGGAAGAAUGCUGAUUCCAUCAAAAGGUGUGGGUCAGGCCAUGGGAGCACAACAUGGAUACGGUGGAUACCCUACGAAAGGAGCAGGUUAUGGACGAGCAGCCGGAGUUCCAACAGCAAAUGGAGCAAAGUCUAAUGGCUACGGAGCCGCUGCUGGUGCGACCAAUGGAGGAGGAGGAGUGAAAGGCUAUGGAGCCGCUGCUGGUGCGACUAAUGGAGGAGGAGUGAAAGGCUAUGGAGCCGCUGCUGGUGCGACUAAUGGAGGAGGAGUGAAAGGCUACGGAGCAGCAGCGGGUGCAACCAAUGGAGGAGGAGUGAAAGGCUACGGAGCAGCUGGAGGGACAAAUGGUCAAGGUGGCAAACCACAGGGAUAUGGUGUCCAGGCUGGUCCAGCUAAUGGAAGACAAGUGAAGGGCAACGGUUACGGAGUUCCUGCUGCUGCUGCACCAAAUGGAAACGGUGGACAAUCGAAUGGUUAUGGUGCUGCAGGUGUUCUGGGAGGGAACGGAGCUAAAUCCAAUGGAAACGCUGCCGCAGCUGCUGCACAUCAUGGGCAAGCAACUAAAGGCAAAGGACACGGAGGAGCCGGCAGUAAACCCAUGAAUGGAUACGGGCGUCACCCGUACGGAGCAGGUGCGGGUGUGGGAACGGGACCCUCCAGAGGUGCGGGAGUUCCUCAGCUGGCCCAGAACCAAGGGAAAGCAUAUGGCGGUAAUGGUUACGGAGCUCAGCCCAUGGGAGCCUAUAAUGGCGGUUAUGGUCAGGCUGGUAUGGCUCUGGGGUCUCGGUAUGGAAAUGGAGGAAUGAAGGGGCCGAAGCACGGUUCCAAUGGUGCCGCUGGUGUUUCCAAUGGACAAGGAGCAAAAUCCAAUGGUUAUGGAUUCCAAAAUGGUGGAGCCACCAGGCCGGCAAAUCCAGGUUAUGGUGGCUUUCCUAACGGGUACGGAAACAAAGGUUAUGGAAACGGAAAUGGAGCAGUGCCCAAUGGAUAUGGGAAUAAACCCAAUGGUGACUGA